CCUGUCCGCGGCAGGUGGACUAUGGAGGCCCUGCCCUUCUCCGUGGAGUGGUACGCCGGAUGGUUUCCUUUGACGCAGACGGGCAUUUGGAAGGUGUGGCUAUGUGAGUUCUGGCUGCUACUGCUGGGUUCCGGUUUGAAAGCGCAUCUUUUGCCUGACGAGGAGGACGUAACGUUUAUCAAUGAGUACGUGAACCUCCACAAUGAGCUCCGGGGCAACGUCUUGCCCCGAGGGGCUAACUUGCGCUUCAUGACUUGGGAUGUAGCUUUGUCACGGACUGCUAGAGCAUGGGGGAAAAAAUGUGUGUUUGCGCGUAAUACUCAUUUAGAAGAACUAUAUAUGGCCCAUCCUAAAUUUAAUGGUAUUGGUGAAAAUAUAUGGGUCGGCCCUGAAAAUGAAUUUACUGCAAGUAUUGCUAUCAGAAGUUGGUUUGAGCAGAGGAGAAAGUACAAUUUUGAAAAGAACAGUUGCUCUGAUAACUGUUCUAACUAUCUACAGCUUGUUUGGGACAGGUCUUACAAAGUUGGUUGUGCUGUUACUCCAUGUUCAAGAAUUGGACGUAUUAAACAUGCAGCACUUUUCAUAUGCAACUAUGCACCAGGAAGAGGUCUGUCCAGAAGGCCUUAUCAACGAGGAUUAAUGUGUUCUCGAUGUGGCAGCUAUGACAGAUGCACAGAUUUUCUAUGCAGCAAUGCAGAUCGUGACCAAGCCAUAUAUUACCGAUAUUGGUAUCCAAGAUGGGAAGUACCCCGGCCAAUUGUGUGUAAUCCACUGUGUUUAUUGACUUUAUUUCUGAGAAUGAUGUGUUUUUCACUGAGUGCCACAGUUGUCUUGAUAAUACAGUCUUAUUUUCCAAAUAUAUUAGUGGAAGAAGAGAUGGUUUUUACCCCUGUGGAAACUGGGCCAGCAAAAGAGGAGGGAAAGAAAAAGAAGCAGGUGGAGGAGGAGGAGGAAGAAGAGAAAGAAGAGGAGGAGGAGGAGGAAGAGGAGGGGGAAGAGGAGAAAGAGGAGGUGGGGGGAGAAGAGGAAGAGGAGGAGAAGGGAGAGGAGGGGAAGGAGGAGGGGGGAGAGGAGGAGGCAGAAGAGGAAGAGGAGGAAAAAGAGGAGGGAUAAGACUUACCACUGUCAUAGGAUAAAAUUGUAAUUAAAAAAAGACAAAAAAUAAAAAAUGAAAUAAAAAACACUGGGAAAAAAACCCCACUGAGCUUUAACAAAAAAUAAUAUGCACAAAUCACUACUGUAAUACCUUUUAUCCCCUUCUCUUUCCCAUAUUUAUUGAAAAAAUUUAAAUUUGAAAAACAAACAAAAAAACAUGUAUUUUGUAAUAAGCACUAUAAACCAAGUUCUUGCACACGAAGAACAAAUAAAGACAUGAUGACAGAAAAUACUAAAAAAAUAUUUUACCAGUCUAAUUAAUCUUAAGCUUUCACUGUAUUAUUCUUUUAAAAGAUGAAAUUUCUACUUUCUAAAUAUGUUUCUAUCUCUGUAUUUUAAAUAUUUUUAAAUGGGUUAAAAAAUUUCUCAAGUAUUAAAUAAGAUUAUACAUGUAACGUGCUUAGGACCAUUCCAAGUUCAGGACAACCAUUUGAUAACUUUUGAUUGUAUUGUUUUUAUCACUCCUAUCAUAAUUGUUACUUGUGGUGGUGAUGAUGGUGGUGAUACUUUCCAUGUGUUAUCAAGACUUCUAAUACCAUUAUUUAUCUUUGUAGUACAUGUGUUUAGAAUGGUAUAAGUGGUAUUUGUACAUGCUAUUAGCAGACAAAUUUUUUAUUUCUACUUCAUGCUUGGUAUUUCAAAAGCUUUACUGUAAUUCUUUACUAGACUAUAUAAUUUGUUGACACCCAGGGCUAAUAAAUGUCAAAAGUUUAAUUAGUUGUAUCAGA